AUGACAUUCGAGAUAUACAUCCCCUCCUCCCUGACCUUCCAGGACUACAUCGCCGUCUGCCAAUGUGCGCGCACAUUCGCCGAUGGGUAUGAUCGGAAGGACAAAACCCGCCUCCGCGCCGCCCUCGCCCCCUCCGUGAUAGUCGACUACAACAAAGUCCUCCCCCACGUCACCCGCGAGACCUACGAAGCCGACCACUUCGUCGAGACUUGGCUAAACCCAACGAAUCUUGGGAACAAAGCUCUAGCAACGCAGCAUCUCCUCGGAGCACCAUACUUCAAGUUCGCAUCGGAGGAAAAGAUCGUUGUACAAUGGCAGCAGCUUGCGAGCCAUGGGCGGUGGGUUGACGGUCAGGAAGAGACAUAUCCGGUGAAGCGCAAGAUUGACGAGACGUCGGAUGGGAGAAGCUGGAUGCAGCAGACUUAUGUCAAGGUGGAUGGGCAGUGGCGAAUUCAGGUGCUUGAGCCGGAGGUUUUGUAUCAUACGGGGGAUUUUCAGAGGAUUAGACGGCCGGAGGAGAAGGGUGAGGGGAGGGUUUAG